CUUUCUUCUUUUCUUUCCAAUUUCUUUAUUCAUUUUUUUUGGUUUUAUCUUUAGUUCUAUUUUCUUCUUCUUGAUAUCUUUAUUGUCUUUAUGGGAACAACCUAUGUUCUCCCCAAGUUACUCUAUGUUAGCUUGUACAUGCUUUAUGGAUCGGCCAUCGGGUACAUUGCCAUCUUUUACGAUGAAGAAUUGAAUAUGACGUCUCAAGAAAUAGGAUUAUUAUUGGCCACACCGUACUUUGUUCAGAUCAUCUCAUCCCCGCUUUGGACAAUGAUAGCUGACAAACAUCCUCAUUUUCAAGGUCGAUUGAUGUCCCUUCUUACUUUUCUUGGUGGCUCCAGUGUAUUGGCUCUUUUAUUUCUAGCAGAUCUUGUAAAGACUCUUGCUGGACCGAUCGUUUUUUGGCUCGCAAUGUGUCUUGCUUUGGCCUUCUCCUUCUUUGGGUCUCCAUUAGUGGCAUUGGUGGAUAGUUCUGUAUUGAAGAUAUUAGGGGAUCAAAAGGUUUUAUAUGGCAAUCAACGAUUAUGGGGAUCUAUAUCCAAUGGUGUAUGCUUGUUUGCAGUGGGCAUUAUGGUUAGCAGUGUUGGUAUUCGAUCAUCUUUCUAUCUCUUUGCAGCUGGUAUGGCAUUAUUGAUCUUAUUCUGUUCAAUGACCAAAUUCGAUGAUUAUGAUGCCCUUUUGGAGGAACAACAGACAUUACUCAGUAAAUCCGAAGCACGAGGGAAUUAUGCAUACAGUCCAUUACAAGAACAACGUACUUCAAGUGACAUAUUGGAUGAUGAUCGACAAUCAAGGCGAUCUUCCAUUGUUACGACCCAUACAACUUCUGCACCACCUUUCUUCCAACAACAACCAGUAGAUCAGUCUAGUAUUUGGCGUCGAGAUAGCAUUGCAAGUCAUGCAAAUACAUUGUUAUUGGAUGAAGACGAUAAUAGAAGAUAUCAUCAACUUUUACAAACCAUUACAACAACAACUACAUAUGCCGCCAUGGGUGCACAACAAGAAGCAAGUCAAAUAAUGUCGAAUUUAGAUCAAGAUGAAUAUCCCUCGGUUGGUCUUGUGCUUUCCCACAUCCCUACUGUUGAAACCUCUUUGGCAGCAUUCGCUUUGGUGGGUCAACAAGAUAAUCUUCCCUUGGAAAAAUCUACAUUGAAAUCACUUCGUGUACAAACCUUUAUGAUGAUGGUACUUCUCUUUGGAUUAGGUUAUUCUAUGAUUAGUCAAUUCUUAUUCUUGAUUUAUCGUAAUGAUAUUGGUAUGAAUCCUUCUUUGAUGGGUUUGACUGGUCCAUUGGCUGGGGUGGCAGAAGUCAUGACUUUUUGGUUAUCAAAAAAGCUCUUUGAUAGAUUUAGUGUUACCACUCUGACUACAAUGGCUCAUCUAUUUUUCGUAAUUAGAAAUAUGAUCUUUAUGAUGUUGAAAUCAAAUGAUACUUUAUCUAUCACUUUAGCCUUGGGAUUACAAAUAGUCAAUGGUUUCUGUUAUGCAAUGAUGUGGUCAACUGCCGUGGCUGAAGUGGAUACAUUCUUUCCUGAAGAUCAACGUGGUUUAGCACAAGGGAUUCUUGGUGUACUCUUUUCUGGUCUUGGAUAUGGUUUGGGUAGCGUACUUAGUGGAUUUGUAUAUGAUCAAUAUGGAUAUCGGUAUUUACUUGGUGUCUCAGCUUCUAUCACCUUGUUUGGACUCGCUGUGUUUUAUAUUGGUAAAUGGCAACCUCGUGGUAACCCAUAAAUUAGAUAGAGUUCUUUUUUUUUUUUUUGGAAUAAAAACUUCUGAACCUCGUUAUUUUAUCAUCUUGUCA